UUUGAUAAUUUCUACCAUAUUCCUCCUAUUGGAGGGGUUUUGGUUUGGUUCUUGUUUCUAAUUUUCGCCUUUGUUUUCUGGAGUAUCAAUUUAUUCAUUCACCAUAUCAACCAGUUUAACAAUGGAGUCUUUGCUCAUUGGAUCAUCCCUGGCAAAGCCUUCGUUUUUACCCAAAAUUAAUCCUGCCGGCUCCGUUGGUUUGUGUUCUUCUUCUUCUUCUUCUUCUUCAGGAGUGCAUUUGUCUACGGACGAAAAACUCAAGGAUCAGUUAAUUGUCUCAAAGAGGAAGCUCUGGAGGUACCAGAAUGUUAGAACAAAUAAUAAUGAAAAAUUUGUCACUCAAGCUCGCAAGGGAAGUGACAACCAUUUGGUGAAUGCAAUUCUCUCACAGCCUUUUGAUGAAUCGCAAUGUCUUUCAAACACCCUUUUGGAAUCGCUUCAAGGGCAAAUAGAGCUCUUCUUUCGGUUUUCGCGACUCUAUGCAUUCAUCGGAACAGGAUUGAGCAUAAUUUCGAUUUCUGCUAUGGUAGCUAAGUCGAUCUCAGAUAUUUCUCCAGCUUUCCUAAUUGGGAUGUCUCAGGCAUUUGGGGCUGCCUUCUUCAUGCACAUAUACAUGAACGGCUUGAAUCAACUUUCCGACAUAGAAAUUGACAAGGUUAACAAGCCUUAUCUUCCAUUGGUAUCGGGAGAAUAUUCAAUCAAUACUGGCUUUGCUAUUACUUUAUGCUCCGUAUUAAUGAGUUUUUUGAUAGUAUGGAUUGGAGGCUCUUGGACAUUGCUAUGCGGUCUUCUUUCCGUUUUCAUUUCUGGGACUGUAUAUUCAAUCAAUGUACCCUUUUUGAGAUGGAAGAACUCUGCAUUUCUGGCUGCACUCUGUAUCUUCUCCAUGCGAGUGCCUCCGUAUAUAGCAUUUUAUCUACACAUGCAGACUUUUGUGCUUCAAAGGCCGGCUCUCAUUUCUAAGCCUUUAAUACUAGGAUCACUGUUCUUGUCCCUCUUUUCGGUUGUAGUUGCGUUUUCUAAGGAUAUUCCUGAUGUGGAAGGAGACGAGUUACAUGGUGUUCAAUCUUUUGCAGUCCAAUUCGGCAAGAAAAAGGCGUUUUGGAUUUGCAUAGCACUUCUGCAAAUAGCUUAUCUUAUUGCUAUUUCAAUCGGAUUGACAUCUUCUCAAGACUGGAGUAAACUGAUAAUGGUUGCUGGUCAUACGAUUUUGGCUUUGAUAGUUUGGAGUCAUUCCAAAACCAUUGAUUUAGGAAGCAAAGCAUCAACAUCAUCAUUUUACCAGUUCAUUUGGAAGCUUCUUUAUGUUGAAUCUUUCCUCAUACCUUUGCUGAGGUAGCAAGAAGAAGUUAACAAAGUUAUGGCAGCUUUUAUUCAUUCGAUCUGUAUGAUAUCAAUAUGUACGUUUAGAUCCUUCUUUUAGUAUAUGUAUUUUUUUUUUUUUUUGGUAUUUAGUCUUGAUAAUAAUAGUAGAAUUCAUUCAUCCAAAAUUACUGAGGCUUGCUUUUUCUUAUCUCCUUACUUUUAAUGGAAUGGAA